UCAAAUUUUAUGUAGCGCGAGGUAAUAUCUUUGUAAAACUUUAUAACUGAACUAAAAACACAGGAAAAACACACCUGAUAAAACUGGGCAGUUAUCGAAAGUACAAGUAGAUCCACAAGGAGGAUAAAUUUUCAGGCCAAUUAUAUCAAUCGAGUUAAAAUGUUAGCUGAUCUUUCAAGCUGAUGCGAAAAUUCGUGUUUAAUUUGGUGAAGUAUUGCCUUUGAAAGUCUAAAUGUACUCAUUACGGUAUUAAAUUUGUCCACAAUCUUUUGAUGCUUGAAAGUUACGGGAUUCUUUGGUUUAUGUGCACUUAAUCGACUCCAGGAUUAAUUUCUUUGUGAAUUUUGGUAAAAAUCGAGGACAUUUGGGCUAUUUUAAUAGAGUUCUGGCUGCUUCUUUGGCUUAAAACCUUGGAAUUACAGAAGAAGUCUGGAGUCUUUGGAAGGAAUUGAUGCUACAGGCGUUGGAUUAUGGCAGAGAUACGAGUAUGCUGUCAUUUUUUGCACUUUUAUUUCAUGCAGUAUGAUCUAGGUUUUCUUCAGCUGUUUGAAGUCAUUUGAAACGCGCUUUAAGAUUUCAGAAAGCCUUUCUUGAUUGAAAUAGUAAGCUAUAAAUGAUGAGUUUUCCAAAUCCAAGAUAAUCUGGUGAAGGAAAGUAUUUUAGCUGUCAAAUUUGUUAACGUUUUGGCCAAAUUUAGCAAGAUCAAAGAGCCCUCAGUCUUUUAAAUGUCCAGAAAUGAAUCUCUUGUCUUAAAUGUCACCCAGAAGGGAUAUUAUUGUUUCAACAAAUAUAAGAGAGGGUUAGGGUUAUAUUGUAAUCUAGUUAAACUGUGAAUGCAUUAUUCAACAAAAGUUGGCAAGCCGUUGCAAGCAGAAAUUUUAUUUUAAUUUAUUUUUCUUAGUGGGAAGGACGAUUAAGGUGGAACCAUUGCUGAUUCAUUUAAAGGUGGUUGUUUGCAGUGAAAAUUUUACUGUUAGUUUGAAGAAGCGGUUUUGAGACCUUGAACUUUGGAAGAGUAAUUCCAUGUGGUUGUUGGUUAACUUGUUCAAUUUUUGGCAUUUAUAAUUUGCUUUGGAAAUCUUGGGUGAGGUUAUGGGUUGCAGUGUUAAAUGAAUGUUUGAGUAUUGUUGAGAUUUUAAAUCUUGUGGUUCUGGAGAUGAUGGCAUCAUUUAGGAGAACAUUAUCUCCGUCAACACAUGAACGUUCCCUCCAAAAUGGAGAUAUGUUUUCUGUUUCAUCGCCUUCACACAAAUUUUCAUCUCCUUUGAGUCAUUCCUCUUCAGCUGACCUGCCGACUACAGCUUCUGUUUUCUCGUCAAUUGGUUUUCUACCAGUUUGGGUUGUGGUUUCGUAUGUUCGUGCCUUUCUAAUUGGCAUUCACCCAUCAAAAUCAAGUCGGUCGUCAGAGAGAUCUAAGGCAAAAGUGCAGGUUUGGAAGAGACCGUUGCUUCAUUUUCUCCUGUGUUUUGUUCUUGGGAUUUUAAUUGGAUUCACCCCUUUUAGCAUGGAGAGCUUUUCUAUAAAUCUUGCCUCCAAACACCAAGAUUUUGCAUUUGAAACCAAGACAACAGAAGGGACAAAUCUCCAGCAGGAAUUUAGUCAAGUUGGAAACAGGGGAAGGACAAUUGAAGCUAUAAAGAUAGAGAGCACAAAUAAUUUAGAAUUAGAGGUUCAGCAGGAAAAAGAAGCUGAUGUGUUAGCUGUUUCUAGUAAGAAGAUGGAUUCUUUGGUUGGAAUAUCUCCAGUUCGGAUCUUAGAUUUUGUUCCCCGCAAAUUGCUUAUUGUUGUGACUCCAACCUACAACCGUGCAUUUCAGGUAUUUUAUUUGAAUAGGCUUGCUCACGCUUUAAGGCUUGUAGCACCACCUGUUCUUUGGAUUGUUGUUGAGAUGCCUGCUCAGUCCAUGGAAACAGCAGACUUGUUGAGGAAAACGGGAGUAAUGUAUAGGCACCUUGUUUGUGACAAGAAUGCGACAAAUAUAAAAGAUCGUGGCAUUCAUCAGCGGAACACAGCUCUUGCUCACAUAGAGCGGCAUCGGCUUGAUGGCAUUGUGUACUUUGCAGAUGAUGAUAACAUGUAUACACUGGAGCUGUUUGAGCAACUGAGAGAUAUUAGGCGUUUUGGUACAUGGCCAGUUGGCAUGCUUGCUCAUAGUAAAAAUAAGGCAAUCUUGGAAGGUCCAGUAUGCAAUGAAAGUCAAGUGAUUGGGUGGCACACAAAUGAAAAAAGUAAAAAACUACGCAGAUUUCAUGUUGAUAUGUCAGGAUUUGCAUUCAACAGCACCAUUCUUUGGGAUCCACAAAGGUGGCAUCGUCGUACAAAGGAGCCUAUUAGACAGUUGGAUACAGUUAAAGAAGGAUUCCAAGAGACAAGUUUUAUUGAACAAGUUGUAGAAGAUGAAAGUCAGAUGGAAGGGUUGCCAAAUGGUUGUUCGAAAGUCAUGGUUUGGCAUCUACACUUGGAAGCUCCAGCGCUAGCAUAUCCUUCAGGGUGGAUUCUUGAGAAAAAUUUAGAUGUCAUUGUUCCUUUAAAAAAGUAGGAAUGGCUUCCAUUGGGCUUGCACCGUGAUCCUUUGUAGCUUUUGACCUAGAAGGGUUAUGGAAAGGAUAUAUGUUUCACUUCUGGACGGAGGCUGUUUGCAAUCAUCAUUUUUUAGUAAACCUUGUAUUCAAUUAUAUUGUGGGUUUUGGAAUUUGUAGAACUGUAGCAUUAGAUUCUCUUCCCUCUCUUCCUUGAGUUGAGCUAGUAAUUGCAAUGUAAAGUAAAUACUGAUUAUCAUGUCAAUUUCAAACUGCUUUGCUUGAACACACUGCCAGUUUGCACAGUCUUGCUGAAUCUUGGCAUGGCAAUCUGGCGGCUAUUCAAGCAUACAAUUUUGCCAAAUUCUUAGCAGUCAGAGGAUCAUUAUACUGGAGAUAGUUGGAAACAGGGCCAUAUCUGGUCUUUGGGUGAAACCAAAGCCUCAUAGCUCAUUUCCAUUUUGUACACUUUUUUAAAUUAUUCUAUUAUUAAAGAAAAUAAUGUAGCACGUAUGGGAAAAUCAAAGUGUUAGGUAUUUGGUAUCUUUGACUGAGAAGCAUCCAAUGAUAAUUAAGUCUGAUUAGUUUGAA